UCUCUAUCUUCAUUGUUCGGUGUAGGCACAACAGUCUACUCCAUUCACUGACUAUCGAUCCCACAUGGAAACUCCGUCGAUCGUAUUCUUUGUUGUGGCUGCAGCGUCGGCAUAUGUCCUCUGGUUCUAUCUCCUGGCUCGGAAGCUGACCGGCCCAAAGAUGUGGCCGGUGGUGGGUAGCCUUCCGGCGCUGUUCAUGAACCGGAGGAGAAUCCACGACUGGAUCUCUGGAAACCUGAGAGAAACUGGUGGGGCUGCCACGUACCAAACAUGCACCCUUGCUCUUCCUUUCUUGGCUUACAAACAGGGGUUUUAUACCGUCACUUGUCACCCCAAGAACAUCGAGCAUAUUCUCAGGACUCGGUUUGAUAACUACCCCAAAGGACCAACAUGGCAAACGGCUUUUCAUGAUCUGCUAGGGCAAGGGAUUUUCAACAGUGAUGGAGACACGUGGCUGAUUCAACGAAAAACUGCUGCUCUGGAGUUCACCACCCGGACGCUUCGCCAAGCCAUGUCUAGAUGGGUGAACCGGACCAUUAAGAUGCGCUUAUGGCGCAUUUUAGAGAAGGCCGCCUCCGAGAAGUCGUCGGUGGACAUGCAGGACUUGCUCCUCCGUUUGACGUUCGAUAAUAUAUGCGGACUCACCUUCGGAAAAGAUCCAGAAACGCUCUCCCCCGAUUUUCCAGAAAAUCCGUUCUCCAUGGCAUUUGACUCCGCCACUGAGUCCACUCUGCAACGCUUGCUUUACCCCGGAUUUCUAUGGAGACUGAAGAAGUUUCUGAGAAUUGGAGCGGAGAGGAGGCUCAAACAGAGCCUUAGAGUCGUUGAAAACUACAUGGACGACGCCGUCGCCGCCCGCAAAGAAAGGCCAUCAGAUGACCUCCUAUCUCGCUUCAUGAAGAAGAGAGAUGUCGAUGGCAACGUCUUCCCAACUUCCGUCCUCCAACGCAUAGCUCUCAACUUCGUCCUCGCCGGCCGCGACACCUCAUCAGUCGCGCUGAGCUGGUUCUUCUGGCUCAUCAUGAACAACCCACGAGUCGAAGAAAAGAUCACCACCGAAUUAUCGACAGUUCUCAGAGAAACACGCGGCGACGACCAAACCAAGUGGCUCGAAGAGCCUCUGGUCUUCGACGAAGCUGAUCGGUUGAUCUACCUGAAAGCGGCAUUAGCCGAAACGCUGCGUUUAUACCCAUCCGUACCGGAGGACUUCAAGUACGUAGUAUCGGACGAUAUUUUACCUGACGGAACCUACGUGCCGGCAGGUACGACUGUGACGUACUCUAUAUAUUCUGUUGGGAGGAUGAAAACGAUAUGGGGUGAGGACUGCUUGGAGUUUAAGCCGGAGCGGUGGCUCUCAACCGGCGGCGACCGUUUCGAACCGCCCAAGGAUGGUUACAAGUUUGUGGCGUUCAACGCUGGACCGAGAACCUGUUUGGGGAAGGACUUGGCUUACCUGCAAAUGAAGUCGGUGGCAUCCGCCGUACUGUUACGCUACCGGCUGAGUCCUGUUCCCGGCCACCGGGUGGAGCAGAAGAUGUCUUUGACUCUCUUCAUGAAGAAUGGACUGCGCGUGUACUUGCAUCCACGUGGGCUUGAACCUCCUGGGGCCGCCACGUCAGCGUAGGGACGACGGUUUCGGCAUUUUCGGCUGUGUAUUGGUUUGGUCUUUGGACUCUACGAGGGUAUAGUUGUCCAUGUGCCAGUAUUGGAAGGGUGUUUUAGUCAUUUAAUUUGUUCUUGUUUUAUACACGUGUCAUUUGGAAGAGUGUUGUCUUUCUAAUAUAUGUCCAUACUCCAUAUCAAAUAGCAAUAUUCGUAUAGAUAUGGAUUUUUAUAUGUUUGUUAUCAAUAAAGCAUAAUGUUAUUUUCUUGUUUUUUUA